GCGAUAAAGAGCUGAUUCUGAUUUCUGACUGCCAUUUUUUUUUUCCUAUGUAUCUUUGAUUCUCACCGCCAUGGAGAAACUUUCCUGGUGAUGUAUGUCGGUAACAUCACAUAGAAACUUCUUGUCUGUAUAUAACAUACUCAAUUUCUCAUCUUCAUUUUCUUCUCCAAAACCAAAGAAUUUCUUCCUACUUCAUCCUUCUCACAAAUUUCAAUCAUCAUCUUAUAUUGGUCUUCGUCCUCGUACAUUUAGGUUAACUGAUUCAAUAUCUGAGUCAACAAUGCCUAAUCGUAAGGGAAAAAACGGAGAUAAACGAGGUCAUCAAGUAUGGAAAGAGAGUUCAAAAUCUGGAGAUUCUUCUUUAGUUGCAGAUUCAGUGGGUUCAGCUAAUAAGGCUGCAGAUCAAGGUAAAAACAAUAAGUUACCUGGAUUAAGUAUUGGUGAACUGAAAAAACGAGUGCAAAAUGUAGCUUCAACGGUACAGUUUGGUUGUGUCCCUUCGAUACAACAAGCACCUGUGCAGAAUAUAGCUUCACCGCUACAAUUUGGUAGUGUCCCUUCGAAAGAACCGAGUCCCGUCCAAGGCGAGAAAUCCGUAUGGAAGCCUAAACAGUAUGGAACUGUUAGUGGAUCGACAAAUUUUAUAGUUGGAGCUGGGAAUCCUUAUAUAACCGUGACUUCAAUUAACAACCAGAAGGAUGGAGCUGCUUCAGCUGAAAAGGAUAGUGCUGGUUCGAGUAAAGUAGUUAGAGGUUCACUAGCAGAAGAUUUUGUUGCGGAUAAAUACUCUUAUUCUAAUGCUAAGAUCAGGGCGACUUUUUAUCCUAAAUUUGAGAAUGAGAAAUCAGAUCAGGAGGUCAGAACAAGAAUGAUAGAAAUGGUCUCUAAAGGCUUGGCAUCUUUGGAGGUCUCACUUAAACACUCCGGAUCUCUUUUCAUGUAUGCUGGGCAUGAGGGCGGAGCAUAUGCAAAGAACAGUUUCGGCAACAUAUAUACUGCUGUUGGUGUUUUUGUUCUUGGGAGGAUGUUUCGUGAGGCUUGGGGUACCGAAGCCUUCAAGAAGCAAGCAGAGUUUAACAACUUUCUUGAGAGAAAUCAUAUGUGUAUAUCAAUGGAACUGGUUACUGCUGUUCUAGGAGAUCAUGGCCAGCGUCCUUUAGAAGAUUAUGUUGUAGUGACCGCAGUCACAGAGUUUGGCAGCGGAAAGCCGAAGUUCUACUCCACUCCAGAAAUAAUUGCAUUUUGUAGGAGAUGGCGCUUGACUACAAAUCAUGUUUGGUUGUUCUCAACAAGGAAGUCAGUCUCUUCAUUUUUUGCUGCCUAUGAUGCCUUGUGUGAAGAAGGCACUGCUACGCCUGUAUGCAAGGCCCUUGAUGAAGUCGCUGAUAUAUUUGUACCAGCGUCAAAAGACCAUGUACAAGUACAAGGUGAAAUCUUAGAAGGUCUGGUUGCCCGAAUGGUGAGCCAUGAGAGCUCGAAACACAUGGAGAAAGUUCUGAAGGAAUUUCCCCUGCCCUCUGAAGGAGUCACCCAUGAUUUAGGACCUAGCCUACGGGAGAUAUGUGCCGACAAUAGAUCAGACGAAAAACAGCAAAUAAAAGCGCUCCUUCAGAGUGUUGGAAGCUCUUUCUGCCCGGACUUGGUGGACUGGUUUGGAGAUGGAGGCGGUGAUGCUCACUUGAGAAAUGCUGACCGCUUUGUUGUUUCGAAAUUCCUACAAGCAGUUCCAACUGAUUAUGCCACAACUAAGUUGCAGGAAGUUGUUCGUUUGAUAAGUGAAAAACGGUUCCCAGCUGCUCUUAAAUGUUACUAUAACUUCCAUAAGAUAACCUCUCUUGCAGCAAAUAACGUGCAUUUUAAGAUGGUUAUCCAUGUAUAUAGAGAUUCAGCUUUCAGGCAGUACCAGAAGGAGAUGAGGCGUAAUCCAGGCCUGUGGCCAUUGUAUAGAGGAUUUUUUGUUGACAUAAACUUGUUCAAAGUGAGCAAGGACAAAGCUGUAGAAGGCAACAAUGUGCAAUCAAAGAACGCAAAUGGUAGCUCCGAGACAAGUACAUCCAGGGCAGAUGGUUUAGCUGACGAAGAUGCUAAUCUGAUGAUCAAAUUGAAAUUCCUCACAUAUAAGAUACGGACUUUUUUUAUUCGAAAUGGGUUGUCAAUUCUUUUCAAAGAUGGUCCCGCAGCUUACAGAACUUAUUAUAUGAGGCAAAUGAAAAUAUGGGGUACAUCUUCUCAGAAGCAAAGGGAACUCAGCAAGAUGCUAGAUGAAUGGGCUUCGUAUAUACGAAGGAAGUGGGGAAACAAGCAGUUGUCAUCCUCCAUAUAUCUCACUGAGGCUGAGCCUUUCCUUGAGCAAUAUGCAAGACGCAGUCCACAGAAUCAGAUUCUUAUAGGAUCUGCUGGGAAUUUAGUAAGGUCUGACGAUUUCCUGGCAAUUGUUGAAUCAGGCAGGGAUGAAGAGGGUGACCUUGAAACAGAACGAAGUGCAACAACUUCUAGUCCUACUCGUACUGUAAUGGAUUCAGUUCGAAAAGACGAGGGUCUGAUUGUAUUUUUUCCUGGAAUACCAGGCUGUGCCAAGUCUGCACUGUGCAAGGAAAUAUUAAAUACUUCUGGUGGACUUGGUGAUGACCGUCCAGUGCAUAGCCUCAUGGGUGAUCUUAUCAAAGGAAAAUAUUGGCAGAUGGUUGCUAAUGAAUGCAGAAAGAAACCGUACACUAUAACUCUCGCUGAUAAAAACGCACCAAAUGAAGAAGUUUGGAGACAGAUUGAGGAUAUGUGCAGAAGCACAAGAGCUUCUGCAGUUCCAGUUGUUCCUGAUUCUGAAGGAACUGAUUCAAAUCCAUUCACUCUUGAUGCAUUAGCUGUUUUCAUCUUUCGUGUGCUUCCACGGGAAAAUCACCCUGGGCUUCUGGACAAGACGUCUCCAUGUGUUGGUUAUGUCCUGCUGAUGUUUUACCAUCUUUAUGACGGAAAGUUUGAGAGUGAGCUGAUUGAGCGUUUCGGCACUCUUGUCAAAAUACCAUUACUUAAGCCUGACAGGAGUCCUCUACCUGAUCCUGUGAAGUCUAUAUUAGAGGAGGGAAUAUGUCUUUUCGAGCUUCAUAGAAACAAACAUGGAAGUUAGUCUAUGUACAUGCAUACAUAUUCGAAUGGGAACUACUCUAUGUCGAUAUAGUGGACCAACUUCUUGUAUUUGGAAUUUCCUCUCAAGGCCAGGGCUCACUUAGGCUUAUGUUAUAUAUAUAUACAGUGCAAUCUAGACUGGAGUCCAGCAAAGGGUCAUAUAAGAAGGACUGGGCGAAUUGGGAAAUACGGCUACGUCAGGUUUUACUUGCUAAUGCGGACUCUCUCAAUGCUAUUCAGGUUCCGUUUGAUUAUGUGGUCAAACAAGUGUUGGAGCAACUAAAAGCUGUUGCUAAAGGCGAAUCUAGAACACCUAUUACAGGGAAGCCGCGGUUGAGAACAACAAUUAUUUUUGCUGCGGUCACUCUUCCAGUCGCAGAAAUCAGGACCUUCCUAAAUGGGUUGUGUGAGAAGGAUCCUAGAAUAAAAGGUUUCCUCCAGGACAAGGAUUUGCUGAGCUGCGUUACGAAAGCUCAUGUAACUCUUGCGCACAGGGGGAGCCACGGCAUUGCAGCUGUCACUAAUU